CGUGCGUCACGACCCACCACGGCAUCCAACAACGUCGCCUGCAAAUGGCCUUUUCCGCCCGCCAAAGCCCGCCCAUCUUACGUCUCCAUGCACUGGCAACCGUUUGAGCAUCGUCGUUGACACGUUCCGAAAAAGCAAAAGCCCCAAGCACUCCGUCACGUCCAGUUGACCUACUGCCGGCCACAUGCGUGUUGCUGCAUCCCGCGUUUCACACACACCUCCGAGCACGAGGCGUACAUAAAGCAGUGUACGAGUACAUCACACCCUACGCUCGCAUCCUCGAACACCAUCUCACUCUACCGGUCAACAGCUCGCCAUGAACGUUUCCAGCCCGUUGUCGGCGGCUGCCUCUGCAGUGGCUACAUCCUUACUACAGUCGUCUCCAACGUCCUCAGCACUGGCCGCAAGAGCACCCCCACCGGAUGAUCCCAAUAUCUUCUGGCUCACGCUGUCGCUGGUCUACUCGACUGUGUACCUCCUUCAGCGCAUCGCCUUCGCGACCACCAAAUUUGCCACAUAUACCCUCCCCGCCUGGUUAUUUACGCUGUUCAGCAUGUCGUUGACGUUUACGAUGAACUUUACCACUCUCAUGAUCAUAUUCCUCGUCUUUGGCUCGAUAGUCUCCUGGGCCGUCCGCUACAAGGUGUUGAAUAACUACAAUCGGUUGCCCCCGGAACCGCAACGCAAGGACCCGGAGAUAGAUCUCUUUCCCGAUUCCCAGGAAGGCGACUCGAAACCGGGCUUCUCAAGCUACCUCGACGAGUUUCUGAGUGCUAUCAAGGUGUUUGGAUAUUUGGAGAGGCCUGUGUUCCACGAGUUGACGCGAAGUAUGCAAACGAGAAAGCUGAUCGCGGGGGAAACUUUGAUGCUGGAAGAAGAGAAGGGUUUCUGCAUUGUAGUCGACGGCCUCGUACAGAUCUUUGUCAAGUCUAAUCGGGAGAUGCAUGGCACCGCCUCCGCGCAUUACGGUGGGGGUGGAGCGUUUCACGAUGAAGAGGAGGGUUCGGAGACGGCGGAUGGGUACCAGCUACUUACUGAAGUCAAGAAUGGUGCGCCGAUGAGCAGUCUGUUCACGAUCCUGAGUCUGUUUACAGAAGACAUCAAGCUGCGCCAUGAAGACGAGGACGAUGGUGGCCUCUCCACCAGCAGCAGCAUGAUAAACUUGGACCAGUUGUCGAUGAGCCAUCGGACUAGUCCAGUAGACAGAGAACACAGUCCAAUAAGAUCUCAUAGCCGCGGGCCACUGCUGCCUGUGCCGCAUCUGUCACUUGACGAUGGCGAGCGGCCACAGCGACCAAAGAUCAAGAGACCAAAGUCCGUGCAUCCAGACAUUCUUGCUCGCGCCACAGUGGAUACAACCAUUGCGGUAAUCCCGGCGUCGGCUUUCCGGCGGCUCACGAGAAUGUUCCCCAAAGCGUCGGCACACAUCGUCCAGGUCAUUCUUGCCCGCUUUCAGCGCGUCACAUUCCUGACUGGAUAUAACUACCUUGGUCUGACUGCGGAGGUGCUGAGAACUGAGAAAUUUAUGAACCGGUACACCAUGUAUGAGCUGCCAAACCACCUGCGAGGAGGUGCCCUCGAUAGACUGAAGGAGAAGUUUCGACGCGAGCAAGAACGGUCGGAUGCAGACGAUUCUAUCAAGGGGAUUGUACUGCACAAUCCCAAGGCCGGAGGAAAGCGGCGGCGAUCAAGUGCUGCUCUCCGGAAGGAGGCUGCUAUUCACGCUCGACUGGCUGCCGCACGAGGGAUUCCAUCGCCGGCUCUGGACACUGCGCCGUCUCCCUUCCAGCAGGGGCCCCCCUCAGAAGACCGUCCCCUAAUAUCGCCUAUGCCGAAGAGACGAUCUCCGUUCAACGAACCCUGGGAUCCUGCCAGCCUUCGGCCGAUGGAUACGCCAAUGACGCAUCGUGCAUUCGAUCCGUUCGCACACAGCGCAGCUAAAUUCCUGAACGACCGGAGAGCCGAAAACGAGGAUUCGGAGUUUCGGGAGGCUGUAUUGGAGUGUAUGUUCAAGGCUAUCGGCUUGACCGGAUUCACGAGCAGCCAGAAAGCCGGCACGGAAAGUGGCGAUGCUAGUCCGAGACUGCUAUCCUACGAUGCACGGCGGCAGAAGGCAACGUUUACCAACGCGUUUGGGCAGCUGGACAUGCUGGAGGGAAGCGAUGGGGAUACAGAGAGUGUUACCAGUGCUUCCGCUGCAUCAACUAGCGGCGGUGGCGGUAUCGGCUCGGUUCGAGCGGAGCUCAAGGACGAUGUGGAGAUUGUGUUUUUCCCCGAGGGCUCUGUUCUGGUUGAGCAAGGAGAGAGGGAUCCAGGGUUGUAUUAUGUUAUCGAUGGUUUCCUGGAUGUAUCCAUACCUGUCGACGGCAAGGCGACUAUGAGCCAGAACAUCUUUGGAGAUAACCACUCGGAGGCUGGUGCUGACAGAGAAUCGCUCAACCGCACGGCAACCAACUCGUCCUUUUCAGCAAGAUCGACGUCGCGGACACGGACAAAUGGCAAGCCCACGAGGACCCAGAAGAGCUUGUUUAUGAUCAAGCCUGGCGGUGUGGCUGGCUAUAUCGGCAGCAUCACCUCGUAUCGGAGUUUCAUAGACGUAACGGCCAAAACCGAUGUUUAUGUCGGGUUUCUCCCGCGAGCUGCGUUGGAGAGAAUAACGGAAAGGCAUCCGGUUGUCUUGCUCACAAUGGCGAAAAGAUUGACCAGCUUGCUUCCGCGUUUGAUCCUGCAUAUAGACUUUGCGCUAGAAUGGCUGCAGGUCGACGCCGGUCAGGUGAUUCAUCACCAAGGCGACGAGAGCGAUGCUAUAUACAUCGUUCUUAAUGGUCGUCUCAGAGCAAUCCAGGAGAAUGAUAACGGCACAAUGCGGGUGGUCGGGGAGUUUGGGCAGGGUGAGAGUGUUGGCGAACUGGAAGUUAUGACGGAAAGCACACGGCCUGCAACCCUUCAUGCAAUUCGAGACACGGAGGUCGCUCGGUUCCCGAAGACCCUCUUCAAUAGCCUGGCUCUAGAGCAUCCUGGGAUCACCAUUCAGAUCUCGAAAAUUAUUGCCUCUCGCAUGCGCCAGCUGAUCGACGAUCCGUUGAUUGAGCAAGGGUCGGCCAGAGUUGGAAGUUCUCCAACCAAGAAAGUGUCUUCGACAAUGAAUUUACGCACUGUUUGUGUCCUGCCGGUGACUGCUGGAGUGCCGGUUAUGGAGUUCUCCCAUCGUCUUUCGAACGCCCUCACGCAGAUCGGUACUGCCAACGGUGUCACUGUACUCAACCAGUCGGCUAUAUUAAACCACCUGGGACGCCAUGCAUUCUCGCGGAUGGGAAAGCUAAAGCUCCAAGGUUACCUUGCGGAUCUCGAGGAGAAGUACGGCAUGGUCCUCUAUGUUGCAGACACCAGUGUCAAUGCGCCAUGGACACAGACCUGUAUCUCCCAAGCCGACUGUAUUCUCCUCAUUGGUCUCGCGGAGUCAUCACCAAACAUCGGCGAGUACGAACGAUUUCUUGUCGGCAUGAAGACAACUGCCCGCAAAGAGCUGAUUCUCCUUCACCCUGACCGAUACUGCCCGCCUGGCCUGACCCGGCAAUGGCUCAAGAACCGUAUGUGGGUCAAUGGCGGCCAUCACCACGUACAAAUGUCAUACAAGACGUCUCCAGGACCAGCGAUCAAUACGAAUGCGAGCCAGAAAUUCGGGUCAGCGUUAAAGCAGAGGGUACGCAUUCUUCAAGCAGAGGUAGCCAAAUAUGCAACUAGGCGAUCGGGCAAGACUCCUAUAUAUCCUGCUGGGUCUACGGCAAAGAGCGACUUUCACAGGAUUGCCAGACGGUUGACCGGUAAGAGUAUUGGGCUAGUGCUGGGUGGCGGCGGCGCCAGAGGUAUUGCGCACCUGGGUGUCAUCAGAGCCUUGGAAGAGGCUGGGAUUCCGAUUGAUGUUGUAGGCGGUACCUCGAUCGGUGCCUUUAUUGGUGCUCUGUACUCGCGCGACGCAGAUAUCGUUCCCGUCUAUGGCCACGCAAAGCGAUUCUCGGGGCGCAUGGCAAGUUUGUGGCGGUUUGUGCUUGAUCUGACGUAUCCCUCCUGCUCAUACACAACUGGCCAUGAGUUCAACCGUGGAAUCUUCAAAACUUUUGGGAAUUCUCAAAUUGAGGAUUUCUGGCUCGAGUUUUACUGCAAUACGACAAGCAUCAGCAAGAGCCGAAUGGAAAUACACACGAGUGGCUAUGCUUGGCGGUAUAUUCGCGCUUCGAUGUCACUCGCAGGUCUCCUGCCUCCACUCUGUGACGAGGGGGAUAUGCUGCUGGACGGCGGCUACGUCGACAACCUUACGGUGGCCCACAUGAAAUCCCUUGGAGCCGAGACUAUAUUUGCAAUUGAUGUGGGUAGUGUGGAUGACCAGACACCCCAGGCAUUUGGAGACUCGCUGUCAGGCUUCUGGGCCUUCGUGAAUCGUUGGAAUCCCUUCUCACCCUAUCCCAACCCUCCCACACUGGCAGAAAUCCAGGCAAGGCUAGCAUACGUUUCCUCGGUGGAUGCCCUGGAGCGUGCGAAGCAGUCGCCGGGCUGCCUAUAUAUGCGGCCGCCCAUCGAUGCCUACGGAACCUUGGAUUUCGGCAAGUUUGAGGAGAUAUGCGCGGUUGGCUACGAGUUCGGGAAGAAGUUCCUGCAGGAAGCGGCUGAGAAGGGGAUCUUGCCAAAGGAUUCGGGGGUGGACGGCAUCAGAGGGAGGAACAUGCUGCGGAUGGUGGCGCCGAGACGGGCGAGUAUCUAGGAAACUAUUUGUUUGCUGGUCAGGGAAUUGGGAUUUUGAAGGUUGGGCAUCGCAUAGGAUGGUGUUACUUUUUACUUGCUUUUUGCGGGGAGAGGGAGUAACGAAGCCAUAGCAUGAGCUUCUGGAACUACGAAUGGAUAUCCGAUUUCGUUAGGAUUUGUGUACAUACAUGGGUUUUAGGCCGACUAUACAAGAGGUCUAGAAUAGUGUACACUACGAGUUAUGUUACAAAUUUAGAAUGGUUUCCCAGAA